AUGCCGUGUCUGCGCUGGAGUGUGUGUCCGCUGCUGCUGCUGCUGCUGCUGCUGCUCCGGGUGUCUGCCGCCCAGGACCCGGGGGAGGAUGGAGCGGAGUCCGGGUCUGGGAUGCUCCUCUCCGAUGAGCUGGACGUGCUGCAGAUGCUGUGGCCUCAGGUAUCGAAUCACACAAACUCAUCUCUGCGGCUGGAGGGAGGGGAGUGCCCUCUGCUGGGGCUGGGACAGUACUCCACGCUGACCUUGGCCCUCAGGCAUGUCCUCCACCACAGGUUUGCGGAGGACUUCAGUCUGCUGGUUCAUUUCCGGAGCAGACAGACGGAGGAGCGCAGCGUGGUGACCGUGCUCAGCCCAGAGGGUCAUGUGACGCUGCAGCUACGCAUCAGCUCCACGGCCGUCACCUUCAUCGGCUCCCAGGACCGCCAUUACGAGUUCCCCGUGGUGGGUCUGUCUGACGGGCAGUGGCAUCGCGUGGCCCUCAGUGUGGCCCCUCGCCAGCUGCAGGUGUUUGUGGACUGCUCUGAGCUGGAGUCUGUGGAGUGGCUGCAUUUCGGUCUGGACCUCGGCCUGGACGCACUGAUGAUGGUGGGAGGGGCCACCGGCUCUUACGACACGCCCUUUGAGGGCGACCUCCGGCAGCUGAGUUUUGUGAUGGGGGAACCUGAUGCUGCGAGGGCCCAGUGUAGCCGGCCUCCUCCCCGCUGUGAUGGGACCCUUCCCAAGCCUGUACGAACCUCUCGCACAGACAGAGACGGCAUGAGGUUGGAGAAUUUGCUGCUGUCCUCAAACGACCUAGAGGAUCUCCUGGGGAAUCCGAAGGCCUUCAGUCGGGCCACCUUGUUCUCGCAGUUCGGAGCUUCUCGAGGUGACGGCACAGUGCCAUCUGGACCAAAUCGCAAAGGCUCCAUCACCCGAGGAGAUGUGUUUUUGGUUGACGAAGACACCGACCUCAUUGACCCGUUCUUCCAGCACGGUGGAAUCCUGAACCCGGACCGGAAACCGUCUCGCAACGACCAGAAGAUCCAGCAGAAGGAAAAGCCCGAACUCUCCAAAGACCUCGAGGAAAACAUCACCACGGAUAAACGCACGGACGCUGGUGGUAGGAAUAUCCCUUUGUUCCCUGGAAAACCUUCGGACGGCAUAAUUGAUUUGGAUUCGGGAGUUGAGCCCAAGAAGCCGACCGUCACGCCAAAGUCUCCGGUCAAACCCAGCCCUUCGCUCUUGGACCAGAGGGUGAAGGAGCAGCCCCUGGUGGUCAGUCCCAGAGAAGGAGACCAGGUGCUGGGGUCCGAUGGGAGAUGGUACAAGCUCCAGAGAGGACCCAAAGGCCGAAUGGGACCUCCCGGACCUGAGGGCUGUCCUGGAGAGAUGGGGCUGACUGGAUUCAAAGGAGAUAAUGGUAAACCUGGUCCGGAUGGAAAACCCGGGCGCAGAGGAGAUCCAGGACUUCCAGGACCGGCCGGUUUGCCCACGGUCUACCUGUGGAGAAACACCGCAGAGGAGUGGGCCGCCUUCCAGCAAACCAGCUUCUACCAGCUGCUGCGUGCCGGCUGGCCUAGAGAAGAAGGCCCUGAAGGACCUCCUGGAGAGAUGGGCAAGCCUGGCUUUCAGGGUCCACAAGGUGAAGCUGGAGAGCGAGGGCACCCGGGAAUUCCAGGAGAAAUGGGGGAGAGAGGUCCCAGAGGAGGCCCAGGCCCUCGCGGACCUCCUGGACGUGACGGAGCAGACGGGGAGGACGGCCUGACUGGGCCCCCAGGAGCUCCGGGACCCAUGGGCAUGUGGGGCUACAGAGGAGAGCGCGGAGCCAAAGGAGAGGACGGCGAUGAGGGUCUUAUGGGCAUUACUGGAGAAAGAGGAGACGCUGGUGAACCCGGAGAGAAGGGCUCCAUCGGUUUCCCAGGACCUGUCGGCUCAAUGGGACCACCAGGGCCCCGGGGAGUGAGAGGAGCUGACGGACUCUGGGGACCGUUCGGACCUGCUGGGGAGCCGGGGCUGGAUGGAGCUCUGGGUUUACCAGGACCACCAGGAGGAGCUGGUUUGACUGGACAAGUUGGAGCGCAAGGAGUCAAUGGUACAAGGGGCGAUGUGGGUCCUGUCGGCAGUGUUGGCUUUCCUGGUCCUCAGGGGCCUCCAGGGUUAGAUGGACAGUCUGGACCCCCAGGACUCAGAGGAGCUCAAGGAGCCACGGGACUGACCGGUGCAGCUGGGACCAAAGGAGACUCCGGGCCUAAGGGUCCUGGUGGUCCUCGGGGAGAGCCUGGGUUUGAGGGGUCCAUGGGCCCCCGCGGCCCCGAGGGCGACAAGGGAGACCGAGGAGCCAAAGGAAACCGAGGCGAGGCAGGGGCCGCUGGCAUCAUGGGCCCCCAGGGAGAAAGGGGCCCCUCUGGUUUCCAGGGGUUUCAAGGAACAAAGGGCCAACUAGGACUCCAAGGACCAGAGGGCGCCAACGGGGAAGCAGGGGCACAAGGGAACCAGGGAACUCAGGGUCCAAAGGUCUGA